AUGGCAGAGUUGCAGAAUCGUUUGGAUGGAAAGGAUCAUGAGGGUCACUUGGGCGCAGGCACUAAUGGGGAGCCCCACUUGACUGCUGAUGUAGCGCAGCCGCCAAGUACAUCAGCGCCCCCUGACGUGGAGGGUGAUGUACAGGAUGGUGUUGAAGGUAUUCCCGUGGCAAUCCACGAAGAGGCACCCGUCGGAGAAACAAAAACACGGGAAAGAAAGUUUGUAUGUCCAUUACCAGUCUUUGUGCUGGUCGCUUUCAUUAUGUCUGUCGUCUUGGCACGAGGGCUUUACCAUCUAGCUGGGAGAGAGAAAUCUGUGCUUCCAUACCCGGUGCCAACAGAUCGCGAGGGCCUACGGAAAACCUUGGAGGCAGUCGAGGAAGGUGCAGAGCGGUUACGAAACAAAUUUUGGGGGCUACCUGGACCGUGGCGCGAGCAAUUCAUGAAUAAUUACUCUCUACGGGUGGCCACGGAUAAUUUCACGGAGGAACAGUUUGGGUCAUGGUUUAAUUAUGCGCUUUUUCUAAAAACUCUACCUAUUCCUGAAGAGACCGAUAGCAUAGAGGAGCGGGAGGGGUAUGCUUUACGAAAUUUGCUGUUUUCCACCCUCUUACGCUGUGCCACGGAGCGUCUAGACACUCUGUCUAGACAUAUGGAGUUGUUAACGAGACGGGAUGUUCCUUUUGGUUUUUCAAUGGAAGGAAGCAUAUUGCCGCCGCUUUGGUAUGGGGACCCCCACUGUGAAUCUGUCUCGUUCGGGAAAUUCACUAGACGGCUAGAAACGCUUGGAGUUGUGGGAGUGGCACAAGGAGGCGAUUCAGGUCCGACAGUUUCCACAGCGCUAGCUGACAACCUGGCCUUUGCAUUGGCUAUACGAAAGAUCUACGAAGAUUCCGAUCGAGUAGUGACUGAAGAAUGUGAGAGGUUUCUUGCAUCUGUAGAGCAGGUGACGAAAGGGAAAACUAAAGAGGAAGCUCGCCGCAUGCAAAGCCUCGCCAUGCCAGGACUUACAGGGCGGUUUCCGGUCCCCAUCUUGGCUAAGGCCGUGGAACGAGCGAGGCUGAAGGGAGCAUCGGAAAACUUUCCUCUAUCUGCAGUUCUUAACUUGAGAAGUCGAUGGGAUGACGUUGGCGUAAGCAGUGCAGUUGUAGAUGUCAAGUUUUUGCACAGGGAUACGUUUGUAACCGGGGCCAAUUCAAAGCUUUCUGCUCUGUACGAAUAUGACAGCGCCAUGGACAUAGAGGCGUUGUCAGGAAGCAUGGUCUCGCUUGCAUUCCCCUUGAUAUAA